AUGAGAAACUACAAAGAGAUCAGAGGACUUACAAAAUCGGUUCCUGAGGGUCCAGGAGAGGAAGCACCCAAGCUUGGAGCAGGAGCGCCAGUUGGUGGAGCUGGAGGACUCAGUCCCAAAGGAGAUGGAGCUGGAGCCUUCAACUUAAGCUUGCUGGGAGCUGGAGCUGGAACAAGUGCUGGUGGAGCAGCCAAGGGAGCUGGUGGAGGAACAGCUGGAGGAGGGGUUGCUGGUGGUGGAGUAGCCGGGGGAGGAGAAGCAGGUGGUGGGGUUGCUGGUGGCGGUGUUGCUGGAGGUGGGGUGGCGGGAGGAGGUGUAGCUGGAGGUGGGGUUGCAGGAGGAGGGGAAGCUGGUGGUGGGGUGGCCGGUGGUGGGGCUGAAACUGGGGGAGGGGUAGCUGGAGGUGGAGAUUGGGUAACUGGAGGUGGAGAUUGGGUGGCUGGAGGUGGGGCUGAGACUGGUGGAGGCGUGGUGGUUGCUGGUGGUGGAGAAGAAGUUGGUGUCGUUGGUGUAGGUGGAGCUGGUGUUGCUGUUGGAGAUGUUGCUGGUGCUUGA